AGAUUGAAUUGAAGAACUUCAAGAAGACGCUCAACACAGCAAUAAAACAUGUAAAAGAUGCAAAAGAUGAUGAGAGGUUGGAAAAGUUGCAUAGCUUUAAGAAAGAUAAAUUUUUAGAAUUACGCGUAAGUUAUAGUUACGAUUUAUUUAGAAUAAAAUCUAUUCGAUAUGAUGAAAAGAUUGGUUUUUUUCUAGAAGUUGAAGAAAUAGAAAAAAAAUUAGGUGACAUAAAUGUGGCGGGGUUGGAAUAUGACCAUCCAUUAUGCUCUGGAAUUCUCGAUAAUAGUUUGAAACUAUUAAAGAAAAUGAGCGAGAAAUCACGACAGACCUUCAAAAUACCAAGUGAGAAAUUUAAAUUACCCGAAAAUUUCGUGAAGAACAAGAAGUGUCUUAAAUCUCCUCAAGUAUAUAAAGACGCGUCAUUCGAUGAAUUUUUAGAUGAACCUGAGAAAUUGCAUGAGCUAACAAAUCAAAUGUUAAAAGUGCUAAGUCAGGUUUGGAGUUCACCUAAGUGGAAAGUAUGUAUAGCUAGUGCAGAAAGAAAGGAAUCAGGUAAACAGGCAAAACGUCCUGAUUAUAUGGUUAUUGCUCAAGUAAGUGCUAAAGAAGUUGAGAUUAGAUACCUUGAAAUGGGUCGUCCGAAAUCAUCAUCUAAAAAACAAAAACAGGAUUAUAAAAAACUUAAUAGAUUUGGCAAAGAUUUGAUUAAUGAAGUUUAG